AACAUUAUAAUAUACUUCAAAAUAUAUUUACUGUUUAUAAUAAAUUGUUUGAUGGCUUCAAGAGAAUAUAUUUCACUGACUACAACUCUUCCAUUAAAAGAUCAACCAUGGGGGUUGCAAUUGGUACAAUAUACAGUGUCAAAAUGUUGUCCUCAUCGCCGUGUCAACAAAAUGGCAUGGCACCAAGGGGGCAUUUUAGCUCUUACAUAUUUGGCAUAUACAUGUUACCAUAUGACACGUAAACCUAUAUCGGUUGUAAAAAAUGUAUUAAGCCUAAACUGUAGCACAUUAUCACCACCUCCAAACAUUGUGAUCAACACCAGUAAUCAAGACACAUGGUGUGACUGGGCUCCAUUUGAUACCGAAGAUGCUCCAGCAUUACUUGGCAUGUUAGAUUCGGCAUUCCUAUUUGCAUAUGCAGCAGCUAUGUUCCUCAGCGGUUUUAUAGCAGAAAGAGUAAAUCUGCGAUAUUUCCUCUCAUUUGGCAUGCUUGCAUCAGGCAUAUCUUGUUAUCUCUUUGGCAUUGCUAGACCAUACAAUAUUCAUAGUUUAUGGUAUUUUGUCCUGGUUCAGGCAAUUGGUGGUGUCUUUCAAACAUCUGGCUGGCCAGGUGUAGUCACAGUUGUAGGAAAUUGGUUUGGAAAAGGAAAACGAGGUUUGAUCUUCGGGAUAUGGAACUCUCAUACAUCGUUAGGAAAUAUCUUGGGCAGUUUGAUUGCUGCCGAGUUCGUGGAAUCUGAUUGGGGAUUAAGUUUCAUAGUGCCUGGAGCAGCAAUGGGCAUAGCAGGAUUUAUAAUAUUCCUGUUUCUAGCACCAAAUCCUAUUGACGUAGGAUGUAUAUCACCUGAUUCACAUAGAUAUAGGAAACUGGAGCCUGCCUACAGUUCGGACGAGGGAAGUGGUGCAGAUGAUUGCGAUAGCUUGUUCAAUGACGUUGAAGACCGUCUCACCUAUCGCUGUGCCUACCGCGAACAAGUCCAUGCUAAUGUAAGUGCAUGUCUCGUUUUUUUUAAGUAAUUAAUAUUAUAAUUUAUACAAUUGUAUUAACGUAGGAUACAUCCCCUUUUUUGCGUG